CACUGGGGUCGAGGGUAGCUUGAGCGCGGCGGCGGCGUUGUUCAGUCAGAGCGAGAACAUUCCAGAGGUCGCCAGGCCCCGGGCGCUGAAGGGUGUGGACCCCGGACGUCGCUGGGACAGCCCCUCCCCGCUGCUCGGCGGCGCCUGCCCGGCCGCUGCUCGCUGCGCUUCUCCGCCGCCCCUCCUCGGACCCGGGUUCGCACGCGCCUCACUUCAUCCCAGUCCCGGGCGAGCAGCGUUGGGUUUAUGUCUUUAUUUGACGAAAACGAGCUGUUGCGCAGCCAUUGGUACCUGUAUUGGGGAAACAUAGCGUCCAAGCAAGGAGCUUACAGCCUCAGUGGCGAAAACUUUUUCAUGUCAGAGACCGAGAACUCUUGCAGUCGUUUAUGUCAUCCCUUCUUCUCCAGACAGAAGAUACCAAAAAGUUGCAAUCAAAGAGCUCUUCAUCUUAUUGAUAAAGCCACUAAUAAGCCAAAAUGUCUGUCAACGUCAACCGCAGCGUGUCAGACCAGUUCUAUCGCUACAAGAUGCCCCGUCUGAUUGCCAAGGUUGAGGGCAAAGGAAAUGGAAUCAAGACAGUUAUAGUCAACAUGGUUGACGUUGCAAAGGCGCUUAAUCGGCCUCCAACGUAUCCCACCAAAUAUUUUGGUUGUGAGCUGGGAGCACAGACCCAGUUUGAUGUUAAGAAUGACCGUUACAUUGUCAAUGGAUCGCAUGAGGCGAAUAAGCUGCAAGACAUGUUGGAUGGUUUCAUCAAGAAAUUCGUUCUCUGUCCCGAGUGUGAGAACCCUGAAACGGAGCUGCAUGUCAAUCCAAAGAAGCAAACGAUAGGUAAUUCAUGUAAAGCCUGUGGUUACCGAGGCAUGCUUGACACGCAUCAUAAACUCUGCACAUUCAUUCUCAAAAACCCACCUGAGAAUAGUGACAGUGGUACAGGAAAGAAAGAAAAGGAAAAGAAAAAUAGGAAGGGCAAAGACAAGGAAAAUGGCUCUGUAUCCAGCAGCGAGACACCGCCGCCACCGCCACCACCAAGUGAAAUCAGUCCCCCUCCACAUGCUGAUGAGGAAGAAGAGGAUGAUGACUGGGGGGAAGAUACAACCGAGGAAGCUCAAAGGCGCAGGAUGGAUGAAAUCAGUGACCAUGCGAAAGUUCUGACGCUCAGUGAUGAUCUGGAAAGGACUGUUGAAGAACGGGUCAAUAUCCUGUUUGAUUUUGUUAAGAAAAAGAAAGAAGAGGGUAUUAUUGACUCAUCAGACAAAGAAAUUGUUGCUGAAGCAGAAAGACUGGAUGUAAAAGCUAUGGGCCCUCUUGUUUUGACAGAAGUUCUUUUUAAUGAGAAGAUUAGAGAACAGAUAAAGAAAUACAGGCGCCAUUUCCUACGAUUUUGUCACAACAACAAAAAAGCCCAGCGGUACCUCCUUCAUGGUUUGGAGUGUGUGGUGGCAAUGCAUCAAGCGCAGCUCAUCGCCAAGAUCCCGCACAUCUUGAAGGAGAUGUACGACGCGGACCUCCUGGAGGAGGAGGUCAUCAUCAGCUGGUCGGAGAAGGCCUCAAAGAAAUACGUCUCAAAAGAACUUGCCAAAGAGAUUCGUGUCAAAGCAGAACCAUUUAUAAAGUGGCUGAAGGAAGCGGAGGAGGAAUCCUCCGGUGGUGACGACGACGACGAAGAUGAGAACAUUGAGGUGGUGUAUUCGAAGACUGCCAAUGUGCCGAAAGUUGAAGCUGUGAAGUCUGAUAACAAGGACGAUGACAUUGAUAUCGAUGCCAUUUAAAUGGGUGGGUGCAGCCCAGCUUAACUGUAAUGCUGAGAAUCUUUCUGCAUCAUCAGCCAGAAGUGCAACAUGUAUGUGCAAAAGCUUAAAAGGCUUAACAUCAUGCUACACUUUCUGCUAAAAACGUAUUGCUGUGAGUGGUCUGUAAUUAAGCCCAACGAGAUAUCUCGGGAGUCCAUACACAUAUCAGUGAGCAGAUGUAGUUUGCUUAUUUAUAGCAUGUUUUCUUUUUGAAAAAUUAGUGGUGGACACAUUUGGGUCACAUUUAUACAGUUAUAAAAAUAAACAUUUGAUUUUGGUCAUUCUUCAGAUUUUUGUCUUUGAAUGACUUCAGCUGAAACAGUUGGCUCCUCUAAAAAACAUCGUGCUAUCAGUUAACCUGAUCGGAUUCCUGGAGCCUGUUAGAAACUGCUAGGUGCUGAGACUGUGAAGAGGUCUUCAGCAGAAUGUAAACAUGAACUUACUUGUAAUUACUUUAUUCAGCCAUUAAGAAAUACAGUACUUUUUUAAGUUUUCUCUCUGGUCCCUCAAGUUGCCAUCUGGCAACAUACAUCCCUACCAUGCCAGGGUGGACAGUGCAACCCCUUCUUACCGAGAGAAAAGGGCCCAAGUGCCCUGCAAAGAAUUUUAAAAGCAGGUUUUAAAACUUGAAUUUUUUUUUUUUUUCAGUUGGCAUACACUUGCCCCAAGUUGUAGUCUUUUAAAGUCAUAUGCAUUGCAAGUUGGAUGAGCCAGGGGAAUUACUGCAUUAACAGACAAGCGUUUUUAUGUGUAUGUGACUGUUGCUUUAUGCUGAGAGAAAACUCAAGCUUUGGGGUAUGAUUAAAUAGUAAGUCCUAUGAUUUUAUUUGGGGGAAGAAGGAAAAGGUGCACUUAAUCUCUAGCAAAAACAGCAUAAUUUUUCAGCUUUCACUCUUACGGUUUAAAUUACAAUUUGAAAACGUUGAGAAAUACUGUAUCUUUUGUUCAGUGUGGAUUUUCCCCAAUACUGUGGCUUAUUCUUCAAUGUCUUUUACAUUUGAACACACAGGUUUUGGUUGCUAUCUUGUCGAAAUCAGUGUUGCUAUGUCUCAAACUUGAUUUUUUUUUUUUUUUUUUUUUUUUGGUCUCCCAAAAUGUGUUAUUUAAAAAGAAAACUAAAAUUGUACUUUUAAGUCAGCCUAUACUUCGGUGGGAGACUUGGGGUGUCUUUUGUUUCACAUUGAAUAUAAUCAGACACUCCUCUGAAGUUUUGGUGACGGCCACUGAAUGCAGGUGACCAGGCCUGGCCCGGCCCGUCCUGGACUUUAGGUUUAGAAAUAACUUCCUUGUGAAUUCUGCCCAAUUAGCUGAUCUGAACUUAGUUGUUAUGGGUUCGGGGUCUAUAUGAGAAAUCAUUUUUUUAAAGUAAAAACUUGUUGCAUUUAUCCCUUUCUAUUAAAAGCGCACGGUGGAAAUCAAGGACCGUGGGGGUCGGUUUUAAUGCGGGGCACAGGCUUAUGUCACUCAUCUCUGUGAUCCUUCUUGGGUUAUGAGACCCUGACAAAUGUAUGUAAAAGUUUUUUCACAUUGAAAUUAUACAAACAUUUGGUAUAAUAAAAUUUUGUUAGUUUGGUAUUUUAAGAAAUUAGUAAUUUUACUGGAGAGAGAGCAAUUUGGUCUCCAGCUGGCUUUUGAUAGAUUUUGAUGAGAGUGAAGCAAAAGCCACCACACCUGGAGGGAAUGUGCUGUGUUGCACCAAAGAGGUUUUUGCAAAUUGUCAUUUCACCUGGGUUCCAAAUUGUUGGCCUAGGCCAGUUUGCUUUCAUCAUUUGGGAUUUCCUAGGAGGUAUUGGGGGCCAGGCCACGUUGUACUGAAUAUACAGUGUCGAGCUAAUGAGGUUCUGAUUUAGAGGUUGACUUCCUUUCCUUUUUUUUUUUUUCCUUGAUCUGAAGGAAAAGAUGUUCAGGGCUUCUAAACACUAAAGAGAAAAUUUUGACUUAGACCUGUGUUCAGUCUGGUGCCAAAUUUACAAUUGACUCAAAUCCACAUAAAAAUUUUAUUCACAGAGGCUAUCCUAAUAGAGUAAUUCUUCACUUUGCUCUAUUCAACUGUUAAAAUUUCCUGUUUCAAAGAGCUACUUUACUUGAUUAAAACAAUAUUAAAAUUA